AUGACUUCUUUCGCGUCUCGUCUUCCGUCUCCCAAACGAUCCACAGUUCCGGCAGUCGAUGACGUCAUCGCCGCUCCCGUGACGACACUCGCCGCGAGUCGAGCGCCGGAAUACGGCUUCCGGAUUGGAUGGACGCCGCGCUGUGACGACGACUUCGGCGACGGCGGCGCUUUUCCCGAGAUUCUGGUCGCGCAGUUCCCGCGCGGAAUCGGCAGACAGUCUGCGGUCACGUCCAACGCUCUGGCCGUGGAGUUGGACGCGAAGGGAAACAUUCGGUUCGACGCGCUGUUGAAACAGAACGCGAACCGCGAGAAAGUGAUUUACCACAGACUGCAGGACCUGUUGCCCGAAGAAGUGCUCGAUGAGGACACUCUGCAGAAGCCGGACGAAGAGGCGGUCCAAUCGGCCACCGAAGAGACGCGUCUCGCUCUCCAGCGCAUCACCCAAUCCAAGAUCGCGGCCGCACUGCCGGUCAGAGCGGCCGAGAAGACGGCGCCGGCGCAGUACAUCCGCUACACGGCCUCCCAGUCCGACCCGACGUGCAAUUCGGGAAGCGAUCAGCGCAUCAUCCGAAUGGUGGAGGUGCAGAAGGAUCCGCUGGAACCGCCGCGCUUCAAGAUGAACAAGAAGGUGCCGCAGGCCCCGCCCUCGCCCCCGCCCCCCGUCAUGCACUCGCCCACCCGCAAGGUGUCAGUGCGCGAGCAGCAGGAGUGGCGCAUACCGCCCUGCAUCUCCAACUGGAAGAACUCCAAGGGAUACACGAUUCCGCUGGACAAGCGGUUGGCGGCCGACGGGCGCGGUCUCCAACAGAUCCACAUCAACGAGAACUUCGCCAAACUGUCGGAAGCGCUUUAUGUGGCGGACAGGAAGGCGCGCGAGGCCGUGGAGACGCGCGCGCAGAUGGAGCGCAAACUCGCGCAGAAGGAGAAGGAGCGCAAAGAGGACCACUUGCGCUCUCUGGCGGCCAAAGCGCGCGAAGAACGCGCCGGCAUUCGCGACGCCUCGCCGGUGGAGGACGCGCGCGAACGGGACCAGAUCAGACACGACAGACAUCGCGAGCGCCAGCGGGAGCGCAACGUCCAGAGAGCGGCGCCCGAGAAGCGGUCGCGCCUCGAGAGACAGCGCGAGAGAGACAUCUCGGAGCAGAUCGCGUUGGGAGUGGCGAACGCGCGCUCUUCGGGAACAGACGUGCAGUUUGACGAACGGCUGUUCAAUCAGUCGAAGGGAUUGGGAAGCGGUUUCCAAGACGACGACGAGUACGGCGUUUACGACAAGCCGUGGCGUUCGGCGGCCGCCGUGCAGAACAACCUGUACCGGCCGUCGCGCGCACAACACGACGAGACCUACGAUUUGGAGGCGUUGGCGAAGACGUCGCGUUUCGCGCCCGACAAAGAGUUCGCCGGAACCGAUCACUCGACGCGACGCGAAGGCCCGAUGGAGCGCAAACUCGCGCAGAAGGAGAAGGAGCGCAAAGAGGACCACUUGCGCUCUCUGGCGGCCAAAGCGCGCGAAGAACGCGCCGGCAUUCGCGACGCCUCUCCCGUGGAGGACGCGCGCGAGAGAGACCAGAUCCGACACGACAGACAUCGCGAGCGCCAGCGGGAGCGCAACGUCCAGAGAGCGGCGCCCGAGAAGCGGUCGCGACUCGAGAGACAGCGCGAGAGAGACAUCUCGGAGCAGAUCGCGCUGGGAGUGGCGAACGCGCGCUCUUCGGGAACAGACGUGCAGUUCGACGAACGGCUGUUCAAUCAGUCGAAGGGAUUGGGAAGCGGUUUCCAAGACGACGACGAGUACGGCGUUUACGACAAGCCGUGGCGUUCGGCCGCCGCCGUGCAGAACAACCUGUACCGGCCGUCGCGCGCACAACACGACGAGACUUACGAUUUGGAGGCGUUGGCGAAGACGUCGCGUUUCGCGCCCGACAAAGAGUUCGCCGGAACCGAUCACUCGACGCGACGCGAAGGCCCGGUUCAGUUCGAGCGCCAGGAGGAAGAGGAUCCGUUCGGUUUGGACAAGUUCUUGACCGAAGUGAAGAAGUCGAGCAAAAGAUCGGAAAACUCGGAAACAAAGAGUUCUUCGAAACGAAGAAAAGAUUAA